CUUAGCAUACACCAGAGGCAAUGGAUAGGGUGAGCAGUCACUGCAGCCAGAAAACCCCAGUACAGAGCAAAGGCAAUUACCCUCCACAUGCAGAGACUUUGGAGCUGAAUUGUGCUGAAUAGAGAACCCCUCCGGCUGAGAGAGCCAUGUGUGCCCGGGAAGAGCUGCCACUUUCCCUCCGCUGAAAAACAAUGCAAACACACCGGUGAGGAGAACUGCUUCCAGGUCUAGGUAGACAUGAACCUGAGUGGAGCCUGAACGCCAUUAAAGCCACACUGACCCACAAAACUUUUAAAAUAUGACUGCAGUCAGGAUUUUAAUUCCACAAUGCUGUUAUGCCGGGAUGUGACAGGCUUCCUACCCAGGUCUGGAAGGUGGUUGAUGAUGUUAGGAGUAAAUAUAAACCCAGAUGAAGAGUGGCAGAAGCAAUGGAGGGACCAACCCCAGAGCCUGUGUACGUUGAUGUGGACAAGGGACUGACAUUAGCAUGUUUCGUCUUCCUCUGCCUCUUCUUGAUUGUGAUGAUUAUUCGCUGUGCAAAAGUCAUCAUGGACCCUUACAGUGCCAUCCCUACGUCUACAUGGGAGGAGCAGCAUCUAGAUGACUGAAAGGACUGCACUAGACAGAGCCAUAAAAUGCUGCAAUCCAGGAGGCCUUUUCUCACCAGGAAGGCUAACACACAAACAGCGAUUUUCAGAUAUGCAGGGCAACAGCAAUAUGUCUAAGAGUACAUAACAUAAAUGAUUCUUGCUCAACAGACAGAAUAUCAUCAAGCCAUUCUAGAAGCACAGUUUAAUACUAUGCAGCAACCCUUAAUUUACUGAAAACAGUUAUCAUUGCAACUGAAGUAGCACAAGACUCUCCAAACUUUUCCUAAUAUAACCCUUGGUCUAGCACAGUUUGUCCUCCCCUCAAUAUCCCCCACAAAUCCAAGGUAACCAUCAGAAUUUGGAAAAGCAACAAGAACAUUUUGUCUUUCCUGGAAAUAGAUUGCUUCAAAUAUGUUCUUCAGUGAUUAUAUUUGCAUUUCAAAAAAAGGCCCAGACUUUAUAAUUUUUGUAUCCCAGAGCAUCACCAAGUAGAAGUGUUAAAGCACCCCUGGUUAAGUAUGGUUAUACAAGCAGAUUUAUUCUUGACUCCCCUGGUUCUGCACAUAUACUCUCUACCCCACUGCAGCAUAUUUCCAGUGAUCAGGAUGCAGAAGCACUCAGACUACAGUUCUCAAGGGGGUCAUAGACUACUGUUGACCCUGUAGCACCAUCUCUCACGGAAAUUUAUUAUUUACCUUUUGAAGAGUAGGGAUUGAGGGAUUCCCAUGUCCUCUGUUCCCCAGAUUCUAAGGUUUCCCCACAGCUGCCUUUUUUAGUGACUAUAUGUUUGGUUUAUGGGAUUGUAAGGAAUUGCUGAAGCAAUACAGAGUAGGUACUACAACCACAACAAGCAUCAUGAGCAGACAAGACUUAAAAGCACAAAUCUGCAAGAAAGGCAUUUCACUGUUUCUCCUUUUCCUUACCAUCCUACCUGACCUUUGGGUUCUUGCUGUAAGGCGAUGCACAGUGGGUGAGAAAGGUUGAACCAAAGGUUGUAGACUUUGUAGGCUAGUCUUCUCAGUUCUGGUAGAUUUGUUUGAAGAUCAUACAAGUCACUUCUUUAUGUGCCUAAGUCUACUCAUUGGUGAAAUGGGUACAACAAUAUUAACUCAUGUAACAUUAUUUUGUAUGUCUCAUAAUACCAGAAAGCACUUGGAGACCCUUAGAGAGGGACACAGAAAUAAGGUAGUAAUUUACCACUCUUCCUUGUGAAACUAAUGGGGAAGGUCUGAAUCUUAGUAGACAGAAAGGGAAGUUCUCCCCAGGCAGGGAACUUGUCCAGACCACCAUUUACUCUCUCAUUAAUAUUGCAGUACUUUGAUUUAUGCCAAUGUCAUCUGGCUUUGUUACACAUUCCACUGAUUUCUGAGAACCAUCUGGAUGUAAGGUGCCCAGCACUGUGAGUACAGAGAUCCCAAAAUAGCAGGUUAUGAGGCAGGUGGGGAUUUUUGCUAAUCUCUGUGGUAGGAGAUCCCAUUCAGGAGGCAGGAGUUUCGAGGACUGGCUUUAAUCCUGCUAUUCCCUAGCAAGAGGCCUCCACUGCUUCAAUUACCCACUGGAGAUUGCUCAUCAGGCUGUUAAUUAGCUUCAGUUUCUGCUAGUCUGUUAAUCACCAGUAACUGAGGACUUUUUCAGAUGUGAACAUUAAUGUUCACCAUACUUUGAGCAAACACAUUGGUCUCUUAUUCAUGAGUGUGUGUAUCCGUACCAAGCUUCUAACUCAAAGAAUCUCUAGCUCAAAGAUUGCUUCUGUUCCCUGAGCUGAAGUUUAAAACCCAUUUUUUGUCAUUAAGUCUUGUACCCUGCCUUGAUACUAGUGAGGCUAGUUACAGAAUAAACAAAAUAAGAAAAUAAAUCUAUUUCCAGGCUAGAGACACUUUUAGUUUGCAGGUCACCUGGCUGUGUUCACAGCUGAUGCAGGGCAAUAAUGGAGCUUGUCAUGACACCUCCCGAUGCCAAUACUCCACUCAGUGUUCAUCUGCAUGCAGAAAACUCUGGCUUUGUCAUGCAUCACUGAUAAGCCCCUGCUCAGCUAAGGACUUACACAUGCGCUUAAGUUUAAGCCUCUGAGCAGACUGCCUGACUACACAGGGACCAGGCCGGUCAUGUGCUGUGUCCUUGGCAGGGCAGGGAGGGCAACACGCAGUCCUCACAGGAGCAAAGCCUAUGCAAGAACAAAAGGUUACAAAUGCUGAGUAAGCAAAUUAACAGGUUUGCUUUGCAAGAAUGUUUGCCACGGUUUUUCCCCCCCCUUCCUCUGUUUGUCCAUCUGCAAAAACCAUUUUAUGGAUUUUCAUGAAAAUUCUAAUGCAAAGACUCCUAUGGAUAGAACUAUUUUCUAAUAAGAAGGCACUUGACUUCCUGGCAUAGCCUGUCAAGUCCAUCCUUCUGUUGACAGAAAAGGUCUCCAUAAACAUCUCCAUAUUCAUGUCCAAUCUUUUCACAUGGCUGUGUAAAGUCAAUAAGAAUGUUUUUAUACAGAUAAUGUAAAUGCAUUCUCACUUCUGCCUUCCCCCACUGGUUACAAGCACACAACCUCACCACUCUAAUCAAAAGCAAUACUAACCAACAUGCUGAAAGCAGAAAUUUUGUCCUACUCGCAUUCAGUUGCCGGGAUUUGCCCACCCGAGGUGCAUCAUUGCAGCUCCUGCCUGAUGCCGAGCCCGCCAGCCCUCUCAGCAAAGCUGCGCUCACAGCCAGGGGAAGGGCUGUUUUACCAGGGGCUGCACCGCUGGGCUUGGUAGUGAUUUCAGCUGCAUGCAACAAGUGCCUCUGCUAGUUUUUGUUCUUUUUUAAUCAUUAUGCCAUACUACCAGCAAUUGCACUCAGAGGAAAUAAUUCAAACUUGUUGCAAGUGUAUUUAUCUAACAGA